CCUCACUAAAGCAUAUCUAGAGUUCACUGUUCACUGCUCCUCCGAGAUGGCUGUUUGGUGGCAAGCUCUCAUCCUCCUUUGCUGCAUACUGAACUGUGUGGACUCCUCGACUCCAUCUCCGAUCAUCCAGAGGAACAAAUAUAACAACUCCUUCCGUCUCACCAGGUCCACUCGAACCCGUGUCCAGCAGCUGCAGAAGAAAUAUAGGGAGCAGCAGUUGGGAAACAAGCAUGUUGAGGACAGAAGCCGACAGUUAAAGGACCUGCCGUUACUUUCUACAGAUUUUGACAGCUGGCUAAAUCUGACGGACUGGGAACGACUGCAUUCUGCUUUCUGGGACAUGCAGGCCUACUGGAAUAUGCUGGAGUGGAAGAGAAAACAGCUGGAGAGGGAGGAGAAAGAGCAGAUGGUGGGACAGGUGGUCAGUUUACCUCAGAGCAUCAAGCACAUUCAGCUGGACCUGAGGGACCUGAUGAGCCAAGUCAGCAAUCAGAUGAGUUACAUGCGGAGGUCUUGGAUGACGCCAACCUCCCCUCCGGUGCGGGCACUCACAAACCCAGAAACCAGCUCUAAAAAGGUGUGGGACAGCCGAGUGGAGGGCUACAUCAUUCUGAGGCAUCUAGACCUUUACCUCACCAAGCUGGCAAGAGACUUCCUCCUGCUGGCUUCAAAAACGCGCAUGACUCAGCAGUGAAAGAAGAACGCUGGCACCGAGGCUUGUUUGUGUGCAUGUGCACGCAAACAAGCAAAAAGAAGAACUGACAAUCAGCACCUAACAGAAAAUUGGAAUGAUAGUUAAUAAAUGUAAUAAGUGUUUUGGUAGUGUCAGCAAUAGACUUGGAGCCCUCAUUCAAGGUUUUUUUUUUUUGUAUGAUAUUUUACUGUAUAUUUAUGGGCUUUCUUGGGUAUUUCCCAGAGUUUCUGUCUUACCUCUAACUGCAAGUAAGCAGUAAGCUGCCAGAGCAGAGCGAAUACUUCCCAACAUCCCCCAAGCUCUCAAACUGUGGUACUUUCCAAAGAAACAUUUACUAUUUAUUAAUAUAUUUAUUACAUGCUAUUUAUUUCAAAGUGAUUUGUUUUAUUUUUCUUACAAUAUAGAGAUAAUGUGUUUUACAAUAGAAGACAUUUUAUAUUUGAUAUAUUUAAAUAUAUUGGUGUAAGUUUUGUAUGACUGACAAUAAAGAGAUGAAGCA